GCUGACCACAUCGCAGUGAUGGAAUCUUACUUUCAUAACACGGAAUCCGACAAUGAAUAUAUGGGCCGAAGAAAGGGUCGAAAAUUAAUGGCUGAAAAACGGCGACGAGCCAGAAUCAACCAGAGUCUGUCAGAAAUCAAAGGCAUCGUGUGUCGAGAGCAACAACAAAAUGACCCCAAUUAUGACAAGAUGGAGAAGGCAGAGAUUCUGGAGACGACUGUAGAUUAUCUGAGGAACGUCAGGAAGAUCAACACCACACAUCAACACGUCAAAGAAGCAGUUCAAGCCAGAUUCCAACAUGGCUUCUCCAAAUGUGCUAAAGAAAUCCUCUCCUACAUUCAGUCUCUGCCAGGAGUGUCGGACAAUGUACACCAUCAGCUGAGAAAACACAUCUCUCGACGCAUGACGCACAUUCAACAGGUACACGUGACGUCAUCAACAGAUGAUGUGACGUCAUACACAAAUCAGUGCUAUGAGAGACUGAGCGCAGUGCCUUCCCGCAAUUCCCAAUAUCCACAUCCGGCUGCGCAUGCGUACAUGAACAGGACAGUGUGCACUUCCCCCGUGAAGGAGGACAACAGUUUCUCAGACAGUGGAUAUGCUGGUUCUCCUGACAUUAUCAAACAAUCCACCCCCAGAACCGGACACUAUCUCUCAUCCAAUCUCUCAGAUUCAGAACUUUGUAAAAUGGAGUCGAGAAGAAUCCACAAAAACUUUGAUGACUCGAGAGUGAGGGCGUGGCUCCAGAGUACGUGGUCCUACUCUCAACAAAUCAAGACGGAGCAACAGGUUCCAUGGAGGCCCUGGUGAUUUGUUCCAUAAAUGGACUUGUUUUGGGAUGAACAUCUAGAUACAUAUGUAUUCUUCCCAUCGUACUAUCAAAUCUUUGAACCCUGGUACCACAUGAGUGCUGCCAUUGACAACUGUGAUAAAUCCCAUAACGGGAUUACA